AUGGCCGAGAAUAUCUGCGUAUCAGUGACAUUAAGACCUCCCAUCUCCCAAGAUUCUCCUUCUGCAACUUUCUGGAGAGUAGAAGAUAACCGAAUCUCUCUUCACAAGCUUCAUGGCACCCCCAUUUCCGGCAUUUCUUAUGCUUUCGAUCAUGUAUUCGAUGAAACUUGCUCUAAUGCAAAGGUUUAUGACCUUCUUACAAAGGAUGUUAUUCAUGCCGCUCUCGACGGCUUUAACGGGACUGCAUUUGCGUACGGGCAAACGAGCAGUGGCAAGACAUUAACUAUGAAUGGUUCACCAAACGAUCCAGGAAUUAUUCAUCGCGCUGUUAACCAUAUAUUUCAGAAAAUACAGACGAUUACUGAUCGAGAGUUUCUCAUCCGAGUUUCCUACAUGGAAAUUUAUAAUGAAGAAAUUAACGACAUUUUCGCGGUAGAGAAUCAGAAAUUGCAGAUUCAUGAGAGUCUGGAGCGUGGGAUUUUCGUCGCCGGUCUCAAAGAAGAAAUUGUGAACAAUGCUGAACAAGUGACAAAGCUCCUAGAGUCGGGAGAAGUUAAUAGGCAUUUUGGUGAGACAAAUAUGAACACACGAAGUAGUAGGUCUCAUACAAUAUUCAGAAUGGUGAUAGAAAGCAAGGGAAUUAAUACACGCUCUUCUGGUGAUUAUUCAAGCAAAGGUGCAAUACGCGUCUCGGUUUUGAAUUUAGCAGAUUUGGCUGGUUCUGAGCGGAUUGCUAAGAUUGGAGCUGGCGGAGUACGUCUGAAGGAAGGAAAGUAUAUUAACAAGAGCUUAAUGGUUCUUAGUAAUGUAAUUAAUAAACUUAGUAAUGGUGCAAAACAAUAGUAUUACUUAUCAUCUAA